GUAAUGAGAUGACUGGUCUGGGGGGUAAAACAGGUCCACCUGAGGAUUUGGGACGUCCUCUUGCAGUAUAUAAACCUGGAAGAUAAGAGCAGGUGGUUAUACAGAGACGCCCAGGAGAGGAACUAUCAGCACCGUUUGGAAGGGAAAAAUAGAAGCUUAUGACCAUGAGAAACAUCCACUUCUUGGCCGGCCUCCUCCUGGUCCUGGGCUUUGCGCAGCUCAGCUGGCAGGUUCCUCUACUCGGCAUGGAGGACAGCUUAAGCUUUGAGGAAGACACAUUAGACAGCGAGCCCAGGGAGCUGUCGAACAUGAAGAGACACUCUGAGGGAACGUUUUCAAACGACUACAGCAAAUACCUGGAGGACAGGAAGGCCCAGGACUUUGUUCGAUGGCUAAUGAGUGAAAAAAGAAGCGGCAGUGCUGAAAAACGUCAUGCAGACGGAACCUUCACCAGCGAUGUGAGCUCCUACCUCAAGGACCAAGCUAUCAAAGACUUUGUGUCCAAGCUCAAGUCUGGAGAAAUCAGAAGAGAAUCGCAAAUGGACACGCUGGCUAAGACGUUCAGCAGGAGGCAUGUAGAUGGAAGCUUCACCAGCGAUGUGAACAAGGUGCUGGACGCCAUGGCUGCCAAAGAAUACUUACUCUGGGUCAUGACCUCUAAACCUACAGGGGAGAGCAACAAAAGGCAAGGCGACCAAUGAGAGUCUCCUCAAAGGCCCACUAAAGCCAUACUCAGGAGGAAGCCAUUAUGCUUUGCAUGUUGUAAUGUCAAUUUUUUUUUACUUCACUUUGAAUGUAUUGCAAAGAUACAAAGAAACGCUAUUCUUCCACAGAUUGAAGGUGCACAAGGAAAGAAAAUGAAAUUCAGGGCAUGAAAUUUUCUACAAAUGAAACUUAUUUUCUAUAUUUCUAAGCUGCAAACAGGAACACCAGGUGUUCUGUCUCAGGUAGUCGUAUGGAAAGCACUUGAUUGUCACAUCAAAAGAAUAUUUUACUCUGCUAAAUAAACCUCGUCAUUUAUUUCAA